AGAAAACACGUGCGACAGGAAACUGUCACAACGUUGCUGGCUGUUACAGUUUCAGUGAUGUUUGUGGUGAUUUGUAGCACUCGGUACUUCCUGGUCUACAGAAGAGGCUCACGUGUAAUGAGACCACGUGCCAGUUGGAGGUGCGUUCCAGCGCCAGGUUGAAUCUAGCGGGUUGAUCGAGGCACUACACGCGCUGCUUGCUGUCACUGCGCAGUUUCGUUCCCACAGUUUGAUUACUUUACUAGUAUAUCUAUAAGCCAAGUCAUUUAAAAAUGGGAAAUGUAAGUUUUGAAAUCACUUUGAAAGGCUAUACUUAAAUUUGUACUGACAUUAGUUGACCUAAAAUGCAGACAGAUUUAGAGAUGCAAGCUUUGUUCAAAUUUUAUAAUCAGUAAAAUCAUAAAUUGAAUUGAAGCCUUCAUAAAAAAAUCUAACAUUAAACCAAAGGGAAAAUUUUACAAACCAAUCAUUCAUAAAUAGACAAUCUGAUCUCUCUGGCGCCUUGGGAUAAAUAAAUAAAUAAAAACAGUGACGCACUGUAGAUUACACAGCGGAGAGCCUCGGAAUGUUCAUGAGAGAAACCGAAGCGUUUAUGCAUUUGUUUUAUGUAGUAGGAAUUUGUGGAACAUUUGUCCAUAAUAUCAAUGGAGAGAAGGCACACAUCCCAUGUACACAAGAGAAGCACAUCAAGAGCACUCUGGGUUCUCUGAGGGCAGGCUGGGAUGUUAAGGAGGACAUGUUUGAGUCACACACCCCUUACGGUCCCAUGACUAUCAACAACAUCAUCGCUACCCUCAACCCCUCCGCCAAGCGUCGUCUGGUGCUGGCGUGCCACUAUGACUCCAAGUACUACCCUCUCCAGUGUCAUGGGUGUGAGUUCCUGGGUGCCACGGACUCAUCUGUGCCCUGUGCCAUGAUGCUGGAGCUUGUACAUGCUCUGGACUGCGAGCGAAAGAUUCUAAAGGAAUCCAAUCCCAACCUGUCUCUCCAGCUAUUGUUCUUUGAUGACCUGAUUGGAGGCCCUAGCCCUCGCUUUGGCAACCAGUUCCCCAACACUGCCUGGUGGCUCACCAGAAUGCAGAACAUUGAGCAUUGUUUGCACCACAUUGGCCAGCUGAAGGACCAUCUACAUGACUACUGCUGGCCUGGUAUGCCUGUGGAUCCGGUGCAGGAUGACCACAUGCCAUUCCUCCUAAGAGGUGUGCACAUCCUUUAUCUCAUCCCCACCCCCUUCCCCUCUGUGUGGAACACAUUUGAUGACAACGAGGAGAACCUGGACCGCUCCACCAUCGAGAACCUCAACACGAUCUUGCAGGUGUUUGUGCUGGAGUACCUCAAUAUAAAUCCUUAAUCCCUGAAUCCCCAAAGCGCCCCCUAAAUGUUAGGGCUUGUCUGGUUCUAGUGGGACCACAGCUCUCUCCACACACAUCACAUAUGACAGGGUUUAGGAUGUCUCUUGUUUUGGAAACAUGAAGCUGUGUAAAGGUAAACAUUCUUGAUGUUGUUAAGUAAUGUCUACAUUUGGAAAAACAUUUGCAAUCCUCCUAAAAUUCCAAAGCAAUGAAAAUACCAAGCCCAGUGAAGUGGUAUCCUGUAGAAAGCAGGGCAGCUAUCAUAAGAUCCCUAUCCACUGCGUUCUCCUUGCUCUCACACCCUCCUUUCAGCUCCCUGUCUUCACAGCCAGGGCCAACACACACACAAAGCCCUAUCGAUGCUCUGUCCCUAGCCUCCAGACUACCACACAGGAUAUUCUGUGUGUCUGCUUCCACAGUGCUCUCUUUAUGUCCCCACAUCCCCUUCUCUUUCUGAGGAGCUAUGCCUGUGCCCCACGAGCCAAGAGGAAGAAUAGACAGACAUGCCAUGCAGAUAGAUUAACAAGAUAAACAUUGGGGCUUCCAAGUGGCUCAGCGGUCUAAGGCACUACAUCUCAGCACUAGAGGUGUCACUACAGACCCUGGGUCGAUCCCGGGCUGUAUCACAACCGGCCGUGAUCGGUAGUCCCAUAGGGCGGCACACAAUUGGCCCAGCGUCGUCCGGGUUAGGGGAGGGUUUGAAUUGGGUAGGCCGUCAUUGUAGAAUAAGAAUUUGUUCUUAUCUGAUUGCCUGGUUAAAUAUACAGUUGAAGUCGGAAGUUUACAUACACCUUAGCCAACUACAUUUAAACUCAGUUUUUCACAAUUCCUGACAUUUAAUCCUAGUAAAAAUUCCCUGUCUUAGGUCAGUUAGGUUCACCACUUUAUUUAAAAAAUGUGAAAUGUCAGAAUAAUAAUAGAGAGAAUGAUUUAUUUCAUAAUUUUAUUUCUUUGACCACAUUCCCAGUGGGUCAGAAGUUUACUUACACUAAAUUAGUAUUUGGUAGCAUUGCCUUUAAAUUGUUUAACUUGGGUAAAACGUUUCGGAUCGCCUUCCACAAGCUUCCCACAAGAAGUUGGGCGAAUUUUUGCCCAUUCCUCCUGACAGAGCUGGUGUAACUGAGUCAGGUUUGUAGGCCUCCUUGCUCACAUGCUUUUUCAGUUCUUCCCACACAUUUUCAAUAAGAUUGUGGUCAGGGCUUUGUGAUGGCCACUCCAAUCCCUUGACUUUGUUGUCAAGCCAUUUUGCCACAACUUUGGAAGUAUGCUUGGGGUCAAUGUCCAUUUAGAAGACCCAUUUGCGACCAAGCUUCAACUUCCUGACUGAUGUCCUUGAAAUGUUGCUUCAAUAUAUCCACAUAAUUUUCCUGCCUCAUGAUGCCAUCUAUUUUGUGAAGCGCACCAGUCCCUCCUGCAGCAAAGCACCCCCACAACAUGAUUCUGCCACCCCCGUGCUUCACGGUUGGGAUGGUGUUCUUUGGCUUGCAAGCCUCCAACUUUUUCCUCCAAACAUAACGAUGGGCAUUAUGGCCAAACAGUUCUAUUUUUGUUUCAUCAGACCAGAGGACAUUUCACAGUCAACUUUGUGUAUGUUACUGUAACUUCUGACCCACUGGAAUUGUGAUACAGUGAAUUGUAAGUGAAAUAAUCUGUCUGUAAACAAUUGUUGGAAAAAUGACUUGUGUCAUGCAGAUGAUGCAGAUGAAGUAGAUGUCCUAACCAACUUGUCAAAACUAUAGUUUGUUAACAAGAAAUUUGUGGAGUGGUUGAAAACGAGUUUUAAUGACUCCAACCUAAGUGUAUGUACACUUCCGACUUCAACUGUAAAUUUUUAAAGUAGUGGCGUAUGACUUGCUAUUGUUUUAUUUCUGUUGUUUAUUCUGGUACAUUACUGCCUGCCUUCUAUCUGAUAAUACACAGUAACAGAGAGGCCUAUUCCCUUGCUUUCCAGAGGGAUAGAGAUCAUUUCAAUAUUAAUUGGAGGAGGGUUUGGAAGAGCUGUAGCAUGGUGCGUUAACGUACAGAGCCUGACGUCAUUCCCAGAAGCUUUGUAAUUCUAUACGAUCACACAAAGAUCUGCUGUGGCCUUGCAGUUUUGUGUCUGAAUGUACAUGACCUUACACUGUCCAGUUCAUAUUAGCAUAGAAAAACUUUGAGAGGUCAGGAGAUAAUAUGUAUAUUUGUAUUGUUAAUAUGUCAUCUUUAUGUUCUCCUUAUAUCCUGCAAGGUCACAUAGAAAUAUAAGGUGAAAAGCCUGCUGUGUUUUUAUGACAAUGUUAGCUACGUUUUGAUGUUCUACAUCUGCAUUGCUUGCUGUUUGGGAUUUCAGGUUAGGUCUCUGUAUCUGCUGAUGUAAAAAGGGCUUUAUACAUAUAUUUGUUUGAAUGAUUGAUUGAUGCUGGUCUUGGAAUAAUACAUGCUGCAAAAAAUGUACAUCCUUUAUUUGAGUCUGAAAUAAAUG